AGAGCAGGAGCGGCAGCAACAACGUGCGGCAGCUCCGCCGCGAGUCCCCUCGGGGUGCCGGGGACAUCCAGAGCCGCCUGCCAACCCCUCUUUGCCGACCCCACCAUCCCCCGCCGCCGGGCGUGCGCUCAGCACCGGGGCGAGCCCCCCUAGCCCCCGUUCCCAAGGGGGGCCGUACCCCUUUUUUUCCGAACUCGCCGGUGUCCCCAGGGCGGGGGACACGGUGACUGCGGGAUGUCCCUGUCGAUGGACACCCAGCAGCCCGGGCCAGCCGCCGCUUCCCCCCCGGCGGGUGGGAGCCCAGAAAUCUAAGGCUGAUCCCGGGAUGGAGAUGGAUAGGCACGAGACAGGUUCGGCGGGUGACGUGGUUGAUGGACCCAGCAGAAGCCAAAUGGAAGAAGGGCCAAUUAAUUAUGUGGAAGAAAGGCGGCUGAACGAAGGCAGCGGGCUCAGCCUGGUGAAUGGGGGCCGGCCAGAGGCGCGGGGCACCGUGCUGAUGGAGCCAAGCGGGUGGUCGCCAGGCCAGCCACCCGCCACUGGCAAAGCCCACUUGGAAGACGUCAGGAACCUGGUGGCCUUUUCAGCAGUGGCUGAAGCCGUUUCCUCCUACCGGCUCCCUCCACCAGGGUCACCAUCGCUGCUGUAUGAGAAGUUUGACUCGGAGAUGAGCCGGGGCGGGCUGGAUGCAGCAGACGGGGUGCCACGGGGAGAGGAUCUGCAUGCCCUCCAGGCUGCRCUGGCUUUAGCCAAGCACGGUGUGAAGCCCCCCAACUGCAACUGCGAUGGCCCUGAGUGCCCUGACUACCUGGAAUGGCUGGAGCAGAAGAUCAAGACGGCUCUUGGCGAAGAGCUGGCAUCACCGCGGCCCCGUGCCACCGCCAUCCCCCCUCCUCCUCCCCCACAAGGUGCUAUCGACCUCCAGCCGGUGCCUGAGGCCGCCGAAUCGUGCCCACCUGACGGCCUCCCCUUUUCCCAAAGCGCAUUGACCAUCGCCAAGGAGAAGAACAUCAGCCUGCAGACUGCCAUAGCCAUUGAAGCCCUCACGCAGCUCUCGGCCGCUCUGCCCCAGCCCGUGGGUGAUGGACAGCCCCCGCCGCCACCCCCCGCUGCUCCCUUCGGCCCUGGCCCCCUCGCUCCACCGGGGACUGCGUGGCAACGAGGGGAUGAGCCCUGUUACCCACCAGAGCCAGGAGCAGCACCUGAGCCAUUUUUUGGUGCGGCACCUCCGCGGGGGAACUUUGCAGCCACUUGGGGACUGGAAGCUGAGGGGGAAGCAGGGACUGGAGACCCCAUGGCAGARCUGGAGCAGCUGCUGGGUAAUGCUGAUGACUACAUCAAGGCAGCUUUCAAGAAACCUGAAGUGACAGCCAGCAAAGUGACAGCCCCCAAAACAGAACCCCCCGAGCGAGCACCCAGCAAGGAAGCAUCAAGUGGCCCCCGUUUGCCGCCGGCACCACCGGAGCCUGACCUGCACAAGAAGACGCAGCUGGUCUUGCAGCAGCAUCUCCACCACAAGCGCAGCCUCUUCCUCGAGCAAAGCCUGGCAGUGGCAGCAACACCCCCAGACCAGCCAAGCGGCUGGUGGGCUCCCAGUGCCCUGGCCGUGCCCCCCAAGCCCUUCGAAAAGCAACCCAAAGAGAAGAAGAAGAAAACGCCGCCUGAAAAGCCCCCGCCAGUAAAACCUGUCCGGAAGCAAGUGCAGAUCAAGAAGGCGAAGCAGAAGGACUCRCAGGCGCUCUUCCCACCCCUCUGGCAGAUCAGCCUGGAGGGGUUUCGGGCACCUGCCGAAUCCCCUGCCAAACCCCCCACCGAAGAGAUGCAAACAGAACCGCCGCCGCCACCGGCCUUCCCGCACCAGCGUCUUGCACUACCCCUGCCCGCCGCAUGCCCUGCACCACCAAACCCCCUCGAUGGCAUACCCCCGGCUCCCAACACUCAGGAAAGGGGUGCCCCCGGGGGGGGCCCCCAAAUUCUCUCGGCGCCGGCGGGCUCGACUGGCUCGGAGGAAGCACCGUCUGCCCCCCCACCGGCCACCUCAGCUCCCAUCAUGGUGGAUGACAAAUUGGAAGAGCUUAUCCGACAAUUUGAAGCUGAAUUUGGGGAGAAUUUCAGCCUGCCCCACCCCGAGAUGCCUGCCCCACUCAUUUCUGGGGCUGCUGAGCUGUUGGGGGAGCCAGCACCAGCCCUGCAAGGUUCCCCCASCACCACUGCUGCUGCUGCCCCGACUCAGAGCAGUGCUCCCCAAGCCAGACCCAAAAGCAUCUCUCCAGGGAAAGGUCUGCUGUCGGAGCCACCGUUCACUGCCCGGUCCCCCAAACAGAUAAAAAUUGAGUCUUCUGGUGCUAUCACUGUGGUGUCUACCACAUGUUUUUACUCUGAGGAAAGCCAAAACCCAGAUGUGGAUGAUGUCGACAGAACACCCACCAAGGAUGAGGUUCCACUGACUCCAACUCUGAGYGGUUUUUUGGAGUCUCCACUGAAAUACCUGGACACGCCCACCAAAAGCCUCUUGGACACCCCGGCCAAGAGGGCACAAGCGGAAUUCCCCACCUGUGACUGUGUUGAGCAAAUCGUGGAGAAGGACGAGGGGCCAUAUUACACCCACUUGGGCUCAGGGCCCACCGUGGCCUCUAUCCGGGAGCUCAUGGAGGAGCGGUACGGCGAGAAGGGCAAGGCCAUCCGCAUCGAGAAGGUCAUCUACACGGGGAAGGAGGGGAAGAGCUCCCGGGGCUGCCCCAUUGCCAAGUGGGUGAUCCGCAGACACAACCAAGAGGAGAAGCUGCUGUGCCUGGUACGGCACCGGGCCGGCCACCACUGCCAGAACGCUGUCAUCAUCAUCCUCAUCCUGGCCUGGGAGGGCAUCCCCCGCACAUUGGGUGACACGCUGUACCAGGAGCUCACUGACACCCUCACCAAGUACGGCAACCCCACCAGCCGCCGCUGCGGCCUCAAUGACGAUCGGACCUGCGCGUGCCAAGGCAAGGACCCCAACACCUGCGGUGCUUCCUUCUCCUUUGGCUGCUCCUGGAGCAUGUACUUUAAUGGCUGCAAAUACGCCCGCAGCAAAACUCCCCGCAAGUUCAGGCUGGUGGGAGACAAUCCCAAAGAGGAAGAGCUGCUCCGGAGAAGCUUUCAGGACUUGGCCACCGAGGUUGCUCCACUUUACAAGAGACUGGCACCGCAAGCCUACCAAAACCAGGUCACCAAUGAGGAUGUGGCUAUCGACUGCCGGCUMGGCUUGAAGGAGGGGAGGCCAUUUUCGGGAGUGACAGCGUGCAUGGACUUCUGUGCUCACGCUCACAAGGACCAGCAUAACCUCUACAAUGGGUGCACCGUGGUCUGCACGCUGACCAAGGAAGACAAUCGUGUGGUGGGGAAAAUUCCUGAAGAUGAGCAGCUACAUGUCCUCCCCCUCUACAAGAUGUCCAGCACGGAUGAGUUUGGCAGUGAGGAGAACCAAAAUGCCAAGGUGGGCAGCGGGGCCAUCCAGGUGCUCACGUCCUUCCCCCGCGAGGUUCGCAAGCUGCCCGAACCUGCCAAGUCCUGCCGGCAGCGGCAGCUGGAAGCCAGGAGAGCUGCUGCRGAGAAGAAAAAGCUGCAGAAAGAGAAGCUGAUGACGCCAGAGAAGAUCAAGCAGGAAGCACUYGAGCUCCCCACGCUCCAGCCAAAUGCAGGUAUGGCGUUGAAAGGUGGGAUACCCCCGCAGCCACUGAAACCUUCCAUCAAGGUGGAACCUCAGAGCCAUUACAACACCUUCAAGUACAACGGCAAUGCGGUGGUGGAGAGCUACUCGGUGCUGGGCAGCUGCCGGCCCUCCGACCCAUACAGCAUGAAUAGUGUUUACUCUUACCAUUCCUACUAUGCACAGCCCAAUCUGCCUUCUGUGAACGGGUUUCACUCCAAGUUCGCACUUCCCUCCUUUGGGUAUUACGGCUUUUCUAGCAACCACAUGUUCCCCUCGCAGUUUCUCAAUUAUGGGGCAUCUGAGAGGAGUGGGAGCAGCUGGGUGAACAACAGCUAUGAGAAGAAGCCCGAUGUUUCGGUGCUGCAGGAGAACCUCAACCACACCUAUGGGAACACCAAUUUCCCUGAGCCCAUCCCGCACAGCRUGCGGAGCAAAAACCAUCACCAGCGCACCUACGAGCGAGCCAACCGCUAUGCCAGCCAGCAGAAAGCGGCGGCAGCAGUGGCUGGGGCGCACAGGACUAACUCGGGCGUGGAGGAGGCAUCCUCAUUUGCACAGAACUGUUUCAGCAGCCGGCCCAUCAAGCAGGAGCCUCCAGACCCUCCACCCACCAUCGAGCCCCUUCCCAGUGCAGCGGCCACUCCCGGGACCAGCUUAACACUGCCGGCCAUCCCAGCGCACGGUGCGGCACUGGAGCAACAGUGGAGCCCCUUCAAGGCGCCCCAGGGCACAGCUUCYCCCGAGAGGACUAGCACAGGUGAGGGCUCGUGGAGUGCGCUGGCACCAGGCACAGGUGGGCGGGAGAAGCUGAGCACCUUCGACACUGCCGUGCGCUUGCCGCCACCAGAGAAACAAUGGUCCAGUGUCCUGGCAGGAGAGCCAACGGCGGCGGCGCAUGGCUCAGGCUUGCUGCCGAAACCAUGGAGCCCCUGCAAGCUGGGGGAGACAGCGCUGGCUGGCACAGGCACCCCGAGCCUGCUGGGGUCACUGGGRUUCAAUUCGGCUCUGCCGGGGCUACCCAGCUUCCCUGAGGAGCCGUGGGGCUCCGUGAAGGUGGAGGAGCGUAGGACACCAGCACCAAGCCCGGGGCUGCCGGAGAAGCCGUGGGAGGCAGUGGUGGGUGAAAAGGCAGGGCCCCGCCAGGAGAAGCCAUGGGACCCCUUUGGCCUGGAGGAGGAUCUGCCAGAAAAGGUGGUGAAGGAGGAAGAGGAGGAGGAAGAGGAUGAGGAGGAGGAAGAGGAAGAGGAGUGGUCAGACAGCGAGCACAACUUCCUUGAUGAGAACAUUGGCGGGGUGGCCGUGGCACCUGCCCAUGGCUCCAUCCUCAUCGAGUGUGCUCGCCGUGAGCUCCAUGCCACCACCCCGCUGAAGAAGCCCAACCGCUGCCACCCCACCCGCAUCUCCCUCGUCUUCUACCAACAUAAGAACUUGAACCAGCCCAACCAUGGCCUGGCGCUUUGGGAGGCCAAGAUGAAGCAGCUGGCGGAGCGGGCUCGUGCCCGGCAGGAAGAGGCAGCACGUCUGGGGCUGCCGCCAGAUGCCAAAGCCUUCGCCAAGAAGCGCAAGUGGGGYGGUGCAUUGGUGACCGAGGCACCCAGCAAGGAGAGAAGGGACUUGGUCCCCACGCGGCAGGCAGUGGCCAUCCCCACCAACUCUGCCAUCACUGUGUCCUCCUACGCCUACACCAAGGUGACGGGCCCCUACAGCCGCUGGAUCUGAGACGGAGGCAACCGCYGUGGCCCCAUCUUACCUCAACCCUCGGCAGCGCCAGAGCCUGGCGUUGCUUCGUGGUGCUUUCUCCUCAGACAUGGAGGAGAAGAAAACAAAAGUAAAUAGAAAAAAAUGAAGUGAAACACAACAACCGUGAAAAAUCCAACCCAUAGGAAACAAACCCAACAUGCACGCUUGGGAACAGCAGAGCCAGUGCAGGCUCAUGCUGUCAGAGAGCUGUGCCCCGCAAGGAGUUGGCAAACCAAGCAAAACUUGGUUAAAAAACUCAAGAGGAAUGAUGCUGUUUGUUGGUUUUAGGUAAUCUCAUAUUURUAUCUCCAUGUUUUUUAAUCUAGCCUUGGAUGAAUUUCCAAGCRUCCUUUCUCAAGGAGAGGUUUUUAAUUCCACUUUAAAAUGCCCAUUUGUUGGAUUUUAUUUUAUUUUUUACUCCGAUGACAACAACGAAGCUGAUCUUCGAAAGAGAAGCCAACAUGGAAAAAACACCCUAAUCACGAUUCCAAACAAACCUGAACACCAAACCAGCUUGAAGGCAAGAGGCGACUCCCUCCAGCUCUGAUGCUUGGGAGCUGGUGGGACCAUAUGCUUUACUGUCACCUGGACAUGCUGAACAUCCAAUUAUUUUUAUUCCAAUACCAGUUUUGCAGCUCGAGGAGUCCUUUCUUACAGCAAUGGGAGCCCGCGAGUGAGUGUAUUGUCCCGGGAUGGCACAUCUUCGCUCAGCUCCUUGCCUAUGGCGGGAUUGUUCUGCCGUGAUGGAGCAAGCCGGCGUCUUUCCUGGUGCCGGAGACCUCAGGACAUGUCCGGGCUGGGGAAUGCCACUGCCAGGGGGCCGUGCUCGGGCUCAGACUUGGGGCUCUUUUGCCAAUAGCCCCAGGGCAAGUGGUGGUGGCAGCAUCUCCAAAGGAGCCAACAGGACAAAAACAGAAAAAAAAAACCCGAAAAACAGGAAAAAGAACACAAACCAACCCCAAACUGUGAAUAGCAAGUGUUGCUCUCUGUACAUCACUGUUGCUAAAGUCUGGUGCUUUCUGUCUCCGGGGGACUUUCUCCGUGCAAUCGGCUCUGGGAAGAGCGAAUCCUAAGACUUGGCUGGCCAAAACCCCGCCAGUCCGCCUUCCCUGCUGGUGCGGGCGAGCCGUGGCCAGCGCCACCAGGGCUCGGUGCUCUUUUCUCUCCCUGGGUGCCAUCCCUUCUUCCUACGGAUCACCGUUCUUCCCACAAAAAGAAAAACAAAACAAACCCAACCCAACCAAUAAUCCAGCGAUGACAACAACUGCAUGGUGCUUUUUGAACUCUCAGUUGAGACUACCUGCCCGACACCGGAGCUGCGCCGGGACAGACAGUGGGUGGCUGAGCUGCCCUGCGGCUCACCGGGAGUGCGACGUGGCCGGAGCCGGGGGUCAGUGCCCCCGGGGGUCGUUGCUUUUGCACUUUGAGGUGCCUUUUGGAGAGCCAGCGAGGCAGCGCCAACGCCGUCACCGUGCAGGAUCACCUCGUGUUUACUGUCACCCUCCUUCCUUGUGCACGGGCACAGAUCAGCAGGAUCUUGGUAAAACAGCCUGAACAUUUACCUGGUCUGAUUUUAAACCUGUAAAUAGGGAAAGAAUUUUUUAAAAGCACUUUCACCUAGAUUUAAAAAUGAAAGCGAAACUUAGAAAGCAAACAACUCCCCUCCUUCCUCUUCCCCUACCCCCCAACUUGAAGCAGUAUGUUUUAAACAAGAUUAUCGUGGGAGAACUGUAAAUACUGGCAGAAUAUUUAACAUGCUUUGUCCGUCCUUCAUCAUUAAUGAAUUUUUUUUUUGUUUGUUUUUUAAUCGUAAUCUGUAAAGUCGCAUAUAUUUGACAAGGAAACUCAAUGAGCUAUUCCCGCUUUUCUUAUAAAUACCCAAUAGCAUAUCAGGAUUGUAAGAGUCGACAGCAAGUCAGAUUUUAGGGAUGCCCGUGGGCGAUGCCGGGGACCCGCCGUGUUGCUGUGGUUCAGAGCGCGGAGAAGGGACCCGGCUGAUCYGGGGCCGGAUUCGGGUGCCGGCCCCAUCGGUGUCGUCUGGGGUUUCUGGCUGGCGUGACGGGGGUGCCUUGGAGCUUUGCCCAGCGGGGCAAGCGUCGGGAGGAGAAGGAGUGUUAGGAGAAGGCAAUGGUCCAUGUAACCUGUCUAAGUCCUGCUUCCUCUGAGGUUUCUCGGUGCAGGGAGGGGUCAGUCCAGCGCGGCGUUGGCUCCAGCGGGUUCAGCCCGGGAGAGUGGGGAGCUGCUGGCGCCGUGGGUUGGGGAGCAAGAACUGCUGCAGUCUCACGUUUUUACACUACAUUACGUCUAACCUACCUCAACUCUCAGUCAUUACAAAUUCGCAUGCUUCAGACUUCUACACAAACUCGAAAUCUAUGCACAGCUCUUUACCCCUUGCUGCUGAGAGGCUGUUUCCAAGCAAAAUCUUUUCCUUUACCCAUCCCGGCGGCCGUGCUUGUCCCGCCUGCACCGAAGCCACAGGGGUCACAGAGCUCGGGUUAGGGAUGUUUUUAAUUGCUUUGAAGUGGGAUGUGGGGACCUGAUUUUGCAGCAGGUCAUGGCCACAAUGGUGCUAGAACAACACCUGUGAUAGAAACCCUAGGGAGGGCUUGGUGCAGGGAGCACCGACCAGCUCCUUUAUCCUGCUUUGGUUUUUCUGGCCAUGAUGCUUUGCCUCAGGCAGGAAAUGGGGGAUGCAAUUUAGGUCCCCCCAUCUCGAUGCUCUCGGGAUGAGGCAUGGGAAGGAGAAGGAAACCAGAAUCCUUGAGGUGCCUCAAUUGCUGAUUUUUCCUUUUAAUACUGAAGUACGCUUUGUGGGCUCUAUAAGGCAUAUUUUUAUUAAAUGAAAUCUUGUAAUACAAACGGUGCUAUGGUGUUUUAACUAACUGUAUCAUGCUUCUGCCUGAUUCCAUCUCGCCGAGGUGCUACUAAUGUAUAUAUGAAACUAAGGAACCAAGAUAAAAAAAAAAUUAAGCAAUGUCGUUGAGAAGGAAGUUUAUUUUUCAGGAGCGACAGCUCGAGGCGUUCUGKUAGCCAGUUGGGUUUAUGCAAACUGAAAGAGGUGCCAUGUCCAAGGUGUCUCACUAACCAGGGUCAUGGUGGAGCCGUCCCCUGUGGAUCCAGGCACAGGUGUGGUGCUGGGAUGAGGUGCUCACAGGUGGCAUCGGGGCACAGGGCUCAGCCAGGUGCAUGAUUUCAGUGCUCAGCUGGAGUGCUUGGACAGGCUCGGGCAGGUGCGUGUUCUCGGUGCUCGGACGCAGUGCUUGCACAGGGUGCUCAGAUGUGGCGCGUGGACACAGUGCUCAGAUAUGGUGCUUGGCCACACAUCGUGGAUGUGGUAUUUUGGUGCUCGGUCUUGGUGCUUGGGCACAGUGCUUGGUCACACGUUGUGGACAUGGUGCUUGGACUUGGUGCUCAGGUGCAAUGCUCAGCCUCACAUCAUGGACAUGGUGCUUGGACAUGGUGCUCGGCCGCAGGUCAUGGACGUAGUGCUUGGAUGUAGUGCUCAGACAUGGUGCUCAGUCACACAUUGUGGGUGUGAUGCUCAGACAUGGUCCUCAGGCACGGUGCUCGGCCACACACUGUGGACACGGUGCUCAGACAUGGUGUGUGAACACGGUGCUUGGACAUGGUGCUCAGCUGUGGUGCUCAGCGUGGUGCUUGGACACAAUGCUCAGCAACAAUGCUCAGACAUGGUUAUGGACAUGGUGCUUGGUUCCAGUGCUUGGCCACACAUGGUGGACGUGGUGCUCAGAUGUGGUGUGUGAGCAUGGUGCUCAGACAUGGUGCUCAACUGCGUUGCUUGGACAUGGUGCUUGGAUACGCAUCAAGGACGUGGUGCUCGACCAUGGUGCUCUUACAUGGUGCAUGGACAUGGUGAGCUGGUGCUUAGACUUGAUGUGUUGACACAGUGCUCAGCCAGGGUGUGUGGACAUGGUGCUCUACUGCAGUGCUCAGACAUGGUGCAUGGACAUUGUGCUCGGGCAGGAUGCUCAGCCAUGCAUUGUGGACGUGGUGCUCAGACGUGAUGUGUGGACAUGGGUGCUCUGCUUGGUGCUUGGACUCGGUGCAUGGACUCGAUGCUUGGCCAUGUGUCAUGAACAAYGGUGCUUGAGCAUGGUGUUCUGCUGUGGUGCUUGGACAUGGUUCAUGGAUGUGGUGCUCAGCCAUGAUAUGAUUGACCACGUACUGUGGACAUGGUGCUUGAGCAUGGUGCUCAAUGGUGGUGCUCGGGCACAAUGCAUGGACACAGCACUUGGCCACACACCAUGGGCACAGUGCAUGGACACAGUGCUUGACCAUGRUCUGUGAACAUGGUGCUCGGCUGCAGUGCUCGGCCGCAGUGUGUGGACAUGGUGCUGAACUGAGGUGUGUAGACACAGUGCUUGGCUGUGGUGCUCAGCCAUGGCACGUGGACACGGUGCUGAACCGGGACGUGUGAGAGCAGCGCUGGCAGGUGGCACAUGGGCACGGUGCCUGGGCAGGGUGCUCAGCCCGGGACUGUUGUACACACGUGGUGCACGCACACCGUGUGUGGGUCCCAUGUGUGGGUGUAGUGCUCAGACCUGGUGUGCAGACACAGUCCUCAUUCAUUAACUUAUGCUUGACUAGGAGCAUGGGCCCAGAGAGGAUGCUUGGGCAGAGAGCAUGGAUACGGUGGUUGAACAUGGAGCAUGGACACAGUGGUUGCCCUCUGUGCUGGUGCUGGUUCACCGUGACCCCGCAGCACAGACUCCUGGCGCCACCCGGCUGGGCUCAGUCCCAGCAGUUCCCUGCAGCACCAACCCAGCGCCCCUGGUGCUCAGCAUUGCUCUCAGCCCCACACCAGCCCCUGGUGCCUGGCACCGUGCUCUCGGUGCUCAGCCCUGUGUCCAGCAUUGUGUCCAGCACUGUGCUCCCAGUGCUCAGCCCCGUGUCCAGCCAUGUCCAGCAUUGUGUCCAGCACUGUGCUCCCGGUGCUCAGCCCCGUGUCCAGCCAUGUCCAGCAUUGUGUCCAGCACUGUGCUCCCGGUGCUCAGCACCCAUGUCCAGCACCGCAUCCAGCCUCAUGUCCAGCCCUGUGUCCAGCCCGUGUCCAGCCUCUCACUCUCCGGGCUCAGCUCCGCGCUUCCGCAGCUCCUCGUGCUCAUCCCCUCCCUGCCUCACGGCUGUCUCCCCGCCCAUCCUGCUUCUGCCCGAUUCUUUCUUUACCCCCCCCUUUUUUUUUUUCCGUUUAUUUUGGGUUUAUUGGUGCUACUUUCUUCCCCUUGGGCAGCAAUCCCCCCGCGCCUCCCCCCCCAGGCAAAUACCUCAGCCCCCCCCAGCCCCCGUGAGCGAAUCCGGGGUGAAGCUUUUCCGAAAUCAGGGAUCCUUCUGCAGCGGUGUUUCUUCCUUAGUUUUUCCCUCUUAGUUUUUGCCCUCCUCUUCUUCCCUUUCUGCCCGGGUUUUUCCUCAUUUCUCUGCAUCCUUCAGGGAUUACAAACUGCCGGAAUUUCAACCUCGUUUUGAUUCCGGGAGCGAGGAGUUUUUUGGCUGGUGGGAAUUUUUUUUUUUGCACCGCGGCGCAAAGGAAAAAGAGGUGGUAAUUCCAAAUUUAAAACCAAGCGCCGUUUCUUCUCGGAUUCCGGAAUUCGGUCGGAGGCGGGGCGGCUAUUUUGGCGUUUUUUUUGGAUAAUCGAGAUGGGGAGGUGGGACAGCGGCAGGUGGAGUGGGGAGACACCGCAGGGGUGUCCCGGCGACUCCGAAAAAUUCACACUUGAAGAUUUCUUGGUUGGCUCGGGACUGUGGUUACUUGAAAUGAAGUUUUUUUCCGGGGCAGAUCGAGGACCGGUAGAUUUUUUCCCCAUGUCUCAAGGCAAUAGGAUUAAUGUGUAUUAAACUGUAGAUACUUCUAGGACAGUAAAUUUAUGCUGAUAAUUUUAUUUUGUAUAAUUUUCCCAGUUUCUUUUCCCCCUCUUUGUGUUGUUUUUUCCCCUUAACCUUUUCUUUUUCCCUUUCCCCCAGUGUUUUGGUAAAUUUAUUUUUUAGGAUGCCUAAAAAUUGCAAGUAUGGAUCCUUCCCCUCUCCCCUGUUCUUGUUGGGUUGUGUUUUUGUUUUUUCUUUUUUUUU